CUAGGUACUUAUUCUCGCUGCAGAUGAAAAGAGAUCUGAUGGAGGGCAGGUUGAUAUGCACAGAAAAUACUGGCGCUCUGCUGGCCUCUCACCUUGUCCAGUCGGAGAUCGGCGACUACGAUGGCGUAGCCGACCGUGACUUCCUGAGGACGACCAAGCUGUUGCCUUACCAAGAGAAGGUGCAAGAGAGGAUCAUGGAGCUGCACCGCAGGCACCUGGGCCAGACUCCAGCUGAAUCAGACUUCCAAAUCCUGGAGAUUGCCCGUAAACUGGAGAUGUACGGUGUCCGCUUCCACCCAGCCGCUGACCGGGAAGGCACCAAAAUUAAUUUGGCUGUUGCUCAUAUGGGCCUUCAGGUUUUCCAGGGCAACACAAAAAUAAAUACCUUCAAUUGGUCCAAGAUUCGCAAACUGAGCUUCAAGAGAACACGCUUCCUGAUCAAGCUCCACCCAGAGGUUCAUGGCCCUCAUCAGGACACUCUCGAGUUUAUGAUGGCCAGUCGUGACCAAUGUAAAAUCUUCUGGAAGAUCUGUGUGGAAUACCACUCAUUUUUCCGUUUGUUUGACCAACCACAGCCCAAAUCCAAAGCUAUCCUCUUCACCAGAGGCUCUUCCUUCAGAUACAGUGGAAGGACCCAGAAGCAACUUGUGGACUACGUCAGGGAAAAUGGAGCAAAGAGAACUCCGUACCAGAGGAGAAACAGUAAAAUCCGAAUGUCUGCUCGCUCCCUCGCCUCAGAUGUGCCAAAACAGAGCUUGUCAUUCAAUGACAGUUUCAGGGCCCAAGGCUCCCCCUCCUCCGCUUCUGCGUCCUUCUACUCAUCACACAUCUCUAGUGUCCUCCCGCGAAGAGAGCUCCAACCACAGCCGCAUCCUGCCACGCCGAACCGGUCUCCAGCGCCUCCCCAGCAGCAGCUUCAGCUCCCUGUGCAAGCUGCCACACCCCCCAGCCCUCUGAAGGAAGACCCUGUCAAGGCUGCUUCCCCAUCUCACUUCGCUUUUCAAGAUGCAUUGGUGGACAGCCCUCAGCACUCCCCCUUCACCUCCAAAGGCCCCUCCCUCUGCAUGUCUCCCUCCUUCCAGAUGUCCACCCUCAGCCUGCCGGGACAGGCCUCACCCCCCCUGCAAAGCCCAAUCCUGAGCGAGGUGGGCAGCAAUGCCAGGCUAGAGGAGGAUGAGGAGGGCAGGAGGAAGCGAUAUCCCACCGACAAGGCCUACUUCAUUGCCAAAGAGAUUCUGACCACAGAGCGAACGUACCUGAAAGACCUCGAGGUCAUCACUGUGUGGUUUCGCAGCGCUGUGAUCAAAGAAAACGCCAUGCCUGAAGGCCUGAUGACCCUCCUCUUCUCCAACAUCGACCCCAUCUACGAAUUCCAUCGAGGCUUCCUCAAGGAGUUAGACCAGAGGCUGGCUCUCUGGGAGGGGCGCUCUAACGCUCACGCCAAAGGGGACUACCAGAGGAUUGGUGAUGUGAUGCUGAGGAACAUGUGUGCUCUAAAGGAAUUCACCAGCUUCCUGCAGAAACACGACGAGGUGCUGACGGAGCUGGAGAAAGCCUCUAAGAGGCUGAAGAAGCUGGAGACGGUGUACAAAGAGUUUGAGCUGCAGAAGGUCUGCUACCUGCCCCUCAACACAUUCCUGCUCAAGCCCAUCCAGCGUCUCAUGCACUACAAACUCAUCCUGGAGAGGCUGUGCAAGCAUUACUCCCCCAGCCAUCGCGACCAUGACGACUGCAAGGAGGCUCUGAAGGAGGUGGCAGAGAUAGCCACUCAGCUGCAGAGCAGUCUGAUCCGCCUGGAGAACUUUCAGAAGCUGACGGAGCUACAGAGAGACCUGAUCGGGAUCGAGAACCUGACGGCACCGGGCAGGGAGUUCAUACGAGAGGGGUGUCUGUACAAGCUCACCAAGAAAGGACUGCAGCAAAGGAUGUUUUUCCUGUUCUCAGACAUGCUCCUCUACACAAGCAAAGGUGUGACAGCGACCAAUCAGUUCAAAGUGCACGGCCAGCUACCCCUCCACGGCAUGAUCCUCAUAGUGCUGGAUGCCCCGGUUGAGGAAAGUGAAAACGAGUGGUCGGUCCCCCACUGCUUCACCAUCUACUCUGCUCAGAGGACCAUAGUUGUGGCUGCCAGCUCUAAAGUGGAGAUGGGGAAGUGGAUUGAGGAUCUGAACUUGGCUAUAGACAUGUCCAAGAAGUCCCAGGAGAAAUCCAGUAUCUUCCUGGAUGAUGGACUCACGGAUCACUCCAACCGAUCGUCUGAUGAGGUUUCUCUGGAGCAGGAGUCGGAGGAUGACAUGAACUCCUCCCGCACGUCACUGGAGAAUCAGACACACCACCGCGCCAACACAACCAUGCAUGUGUGCUGGCACCGCAACACCAGUGUGUCUAUGUCUGAUCACAGCCAGGCUGUGGAGAACCAGCUCUCAGGUUACCUGCUGAGGAAGUUCAAGAACAGUAACGGCUGGCAAAAACUCUGGGUGGUCUUCACCAACUUCUGCUUGUUCUUCUACAAGACUCACCAGGAUGACUUCCCGCUGGCCAGCCUCCCCCUGCUGGGCUACACCGUCAGCAUCCCCGAGGAGUCGGACAGCAUUCACAAGGACUACGUCUUCAAGCUGCAGUUCAAGUCCCAUGUGUACUUUUUCCGGGCUGAAAGCGAGUACACCUUUGAAAGGUAUGUGACUUGUUUUUAAUUCCCAGAA